AGUCAAACAAGGACGUAUCCUUUGGUUUUUGUUUAAAAAGACACCACGCCUUUCAUCCAGCAUCAGAUCUCCACAGAUCCUCCGACUGUCAACAGCUCAAGUGUCCUGAAGGAUUAAAGAAAACCAGUUACAACCAUGUACGCACUCAAGGCAUUCAUUGUUUUCUUCAUUCUCGCUCUGUCUGGAUUAGUGAUGGCCGAUCACUACGCAAACAGCUAUCAGUCAAUUCAUAACAAGCACCAUAAAUUCGAAUACAAAAUCAACCACGGAGGUAAACAUGGCAAGCAUGGAUACUGGCAUGGAAAAUCACAUCCCCAUGGCUACGGCGGUUUCUAAUUUGACUGAGCUGGAAAAAUCACACCCUUUCAAGUUCGAAUGACUUUCCUGACUGGUUUUUGAAUUCAACAUUUCCUGUGAGAUCCAAAGAUUGAAAAUGCCAAAUUUGUAGCAUUAUCAACCGCUAUCUAAACGACCACCGACUGUUCUUUGUUAACGUUUUAUAAAUAAAAGUCUGCUUUUCAUAAA